UAAAAUUAAAUCAUAUAAAAAUUGAUUUGAAGUUAAACAUCCAGUUAGCGGUGGCAGUGAGUGCAAAGCCACGACAUCCUAAGGUCUCCCCUCCACACGCACAGUCUUCCUAGUUUGGUGGGUGUUUGUGUUCCUGGGCUAGGAGGAUAACAAUGUUGAUAACGGUGAGAGAAGUUUCUUCUCUGUCUCACUGCUUCGCCGCCUUCAACACUCCAAGGACCAACCGAAACACCCUCAUUUGCAGAGCCAGCAGCGUCCGUCUCCACGGAAACCCUUCUCUCACUCACCAAUCAUGGAAUCCCAUAACCAGCUCUGAUAAUUCAGUAUUUGACCCAUUGGGAAUCAAUUCAAGCAGAUCAUCACAUCUAAACACUGCCUGGGAAAGUGCAGUGGGGUUUGUGUUGAAAGCAUUUGAGAGUACCUCAGGUACCAGAAAAGAGAAAAAUUCAUCAGCAAGAAGAGUUGCAGCUGCAAUUGAGGACACUAGUAUUGAUUUUGGGGACUUCUUCAAAGGCCCAUUACCGGGAAAAUUUCUCAAGCUCUUGGGUUAUUUGGCCUUGUCACGAGUUGGUAUAUAUGUACCGCUGGGUGGCGUAAAUAGGGAUGCAUUUGUUGGAAAUUUAGAUGAGAAUAGUAUAUUGAGCACUUUGGAUUCAUUUUCUGGAGGCGGUAUUGGUAGACUUGGAAUAUGCUCCCUUGGUAUUGUUCCUUUCAUCAAUGCACAGAUUGUGUUUCAGCUUCUUGGUCAAAUCUAUCCCAAGUUGCAAGAACUUCAGAAAAGAGAAGGUGAAGCUGGAAGAAAGAAAGUGCUUCAGUAUACCCGCUAUGCAUCUGUAGGGUUUGCCAUUGUACAGGCAAUCGGCCAAGCACUAUAUCUUCGCCCUUAUGUCGAUGACUUUAGUACUCAGUGGGUUCUUUCUACUGUUGUUCUGUUGACUCUUGGUUCAGUAUUUACGACGUACAUUGGGGAGCGAAUAUCCGAUUUAAAACUAGGAAAUGGUACAUCUCUUUUGAUCUUCACAAAUAUCAUCUCCUACUUGCCAGCAUCCUUUGGUAGGACAGUUGCACAGGCAUAUCAAGAUGGAAACUAUGUUGGGCUCGUUGGCAUCAUUGUUUCCUUCGCCCUUUUAGUCCUUAGCAUAGUUUACGUACAGGAAGCAGAGAGGAAAAUUCCACUUAACUAUGCCUCAAGAUAUACUAGCAAGACUGGAGGCCUUCAAAAAUCUGCUUACUUACCCUUUAAAGUAAAUAGUUCAGGAGUUAUGCCAAUUAUCUUCUCUACAUCAUCAUUGGCUAUUCCUGGCACUCUGGCACGAUUCACUGGCGUUGGGGUGCUAAGAAAUGUGGCAGUUGCCUUAAACCCUGGCGGUUCUUUCUAUCUCCCAACAAAUGUACUAUUGAUUGCCUUCUUUAAUUACUAUUACACAUUCCUGCAACUGGACCCUGACGACAUGAGUGAACAGUUGAAGCGACAAGGUGCUUCAAUUCCACUUGUCCGACCAGGAAAGAGUACAGCUGCAUUCAUCAAAAUGGUUCUUAGCCGGAUAUCAGUUCUCGGUUCUGUAUUUUUGGCUGUUCUUGCUGCUGGUCCUGCUGUGAUUGAACAAGCAACACACCUGACUGCUUUUCGAGGAUUUGCGGGCACAUCAGUUCUCAUUCUUGUUGGCUGUGCCACGGACACAGCACGCAAAGUUCAGGCAGAGAUUAUAUCCCAGAAGUACAAGAACAUUGAAUUUUAUGACAUUGACAAGUAUGUACCAUAGUAGAUCCUAACCACUUCAGUUUAAAGUCCGAAUGCAGUAAAAAACUGCAUUUGAUUUGAUUAAAGACGACUUCUUCGGUGGGCAAUCCAGUUUGAGUUCAUCUGGAUUUGUGUAUUUAACUCAAACUCAAACUGUUUCUUGGUUUAGGUUUUAUUAUCAUUUAUAUUAGAUUUGUACA